CUCUCCUGUCGCUUUGGCAGCGGAUCACGUUGCCCGAACGUGUUGACGAUGAGCCCGAUAGUCGGGAGGGAAGGCCAAACUUCUGCCCUCGCCUUUUGCGAAUCCCUUUCCUCUGGAAACCGACCGUGUGUAGCGAAGUCGUGGUAAGGCGAAUUUAGACAUACGCGUGCCGCCUGCGAGACGUGUGUCAAUCGGCCCCGGAUCAACCAACAAUCUGGUCAACAUGAAAUUGAAGUAACGAAAAGAAAAGAAGAACUUCAACGUACGCACAGUACAAGGGUAGCGAAUUGGUUCAGUCAAUAACUUUACCGUAGUUCUCGAAAUUAGAACUGCUACGAGGUUGGACACCACGAUGGUUUGGUUCCGGAGAGCGGAUGCAUCAACAGGCGUCGCGCUGCCUCUAGCACUCGCACUGCUGGUGGGCUCCUGUGCGACGUUGUGCGACGGCAAGACUGAAGGGAGUCCUUUCGCUGCAUCUACCGAAGAGCCCGAAGUUAAGUAUUUGGAUACGCUCAAGGAAUGGAUCGCAAAGGCCAUGGAUCGGGCCCCGCGCGACGUCAUGCGCAAGGUCCUGGCAGCAAACAUCUCGGUCGAAUGCAGUCUUGGACUCCUCAAGCUUGUGCGCGGAGUUCGCAACCUGGAACCGUGGGUUCUACGACUGUUGGAUUCGACGGGCAAGUACCCCACUGGUGCCCUCCAGGUUUCACGAACGGACCUGGGUGCCUUCGACGAGUGCGUCGAAACCGUGGUGUUGAAUAACUACGGGCAUGAGACGGUACGCGGACAGUACUGCAACCUGCAACUUUACGCGGGGAACAGGAGCGACCUGGACGACCGAAUCAUGGCGGCUGUGGCUCUCAGGCACCCUAGGAUUGGACGAUUCAGGCAGCAUGCUAAGGAGCGGCGCAUACCAUUCGUGCGCAUUGGAAUUUGCGUGAUGAACGCAUGCAAUGAGCAAGAAAUGGAAGCGCUUAUGAGGGCGGUGCUUCCUCCUUCAAUUCACGUCACCAUAUCAGAUUGCGUUACGGAAAUUUCUCCUGGCGUGACAAAAGCGCAACUUAUUAUCGGUGGAUUUUUAGCGUUUCUGACGGCGAUGAUUGCGAUUGGCACAGCAGUAGACGUCCGAAGCACAAGAGGGCUCCGCAAAAACACAAAGCCGAACAUUUUGGUCACUGCUGUGAGAUGUUUCUCCGUGGUGGCUAACACUCGUACCAUAUUUAAAACAUCGAGAGAAGAAGCCUCUCAAGAUUGCAGCCAGGGAUUUCUGCAUGGCUUGAGGUUCAUCAGUCUCAUCUGGGUAGUCGUGGGACACUGCUACGUUUCAAACUCGCACGUGUGGUCCCGUAUGGUCAACGUAGUAUUAUACGCCGAUGGCUGGACAAGUGUGUUCGCAGGAUUGGGAAGCAUCGGCUUCGACAGUCUCUUCUUUCUGACUGGAUUUGUUCUAGCUUUAACCGUGUGCCAACACAAGGGGACAAGAGUUACCGUUUUUCUUUUUGAAGUAACAAAGAAAUAUAUCAGGACAACGGUGCCCAUGUUCUUUGUUAUAAUGUGCCUGUACCUGCUGCCACUCCUCGCGACGGGACCAAAUGCGAAAGAGUACUUCACGAAGAUCCAUGAUGACUUGACUAAGCACUGGCUAUUCCUACUGCUUCAAGUGCAAAAUUAUGCUUUCACCGCGGACCCCAUUGUCCCACCAUUUGUGUAUUUGUGGUACGUGUCCCUGGAUUUCCAGUUCUUCCUUUUGUGUCUACCGAUACUACUUCUGGUGAAAAAUAGACCCAGGCUUGCCGUGGUCGUCUUCUCCCUCCUCUCAUUGGUGGGCUGCUCCGUGGCGACGUGGCAAGUGGCUGGGAACGAAAUGACACCCUUCGUCGUGCCUCUCACCGAAGUACCUUUGACUUUCCUGAGGACUCGUUCCUACUACUUUUUCUACCCAUACUACCAUGCCGUGUGCUGCUUCAGUGGGUGUUUAACAUAUUUCGUUGCAGCGAUGUUCAGGGAAAGGAAAAUACCCGAGGCUUUGCAAAAGGUCGCAUGGUGCUUCGCCAUUGCCAGCGGCUUGUGCUGCGUUUGCAUUAAGGGACCUUGGUACCGAACCUCAGCUCCGACUACCGAAUUCGGCAAGCUGUGCACGGCGUUCUUCGACCGCAUCCUGUGGUCCGUGUUCCUCGCCUGGGUGACUCUCGCUUGUGCCACGGGACGGGGAGGCUUCGUGGCAUCGUCUCUCUCUUGGCGUGCCCUCCGUCCCCUCAGCAGGCUGGCCUUCGGCAUGUACAUUGUCCACAUGCCGUUCAUGCAGUUUACUCUGCACAUUUCGAGAGAAAGAAUGUUCUUCUCGCACUUCUUUAUCGUUUCCUUCGCCAUGGUUGUGCUCACCUGGGGCUUUCUUUUCACCUACUUGCUGUAUGUGUACUGCGAGGCGCCAGCAUGCAGAAUUAUAGAACUCCUCUUCAGAGCUCGGUGCGUGACGAGUGACAGUGCGGCCGGUGACGAGCUGCCGAUCGUCUUCGGGUCCGAAGAAAAACUGCCACACAUCGGCUCAACAUUCCGCGGCGCUGAAAAAGACACUGCAAAAAAGGGCAUCGACACCAUAAGUCCAUUCGACGGUUUUCAACGUGGCAAUAGUAGCCUCGUAAGCUGUCAUCUAUGAUUUCGUUUUCAGCAGUGGAAUUCCUACCCGUGAAUGCUCAAGAAUCCAUUAUGUACAAAUGACCCGAUGAGAUAUGACCCUAAUAAAUAUCGUGUAAUUUCAAA